AUGAGAGCUUCAAUACUAGGCUCGGUGUUGCUUUCCGCUGCUGUGGCACCUGUUCUUGCUAAAGACUCGGCCUCAGCUGCCGUCUACGAGCUCUCCAAUUCUGCCAACGCUGGUGCAAUUAAUGCUCCUUCUUCAGCAGGCCGUUUAUACUUGGCAGACAAGCUCGGUCUUGCCGACUUUUUCUACGUCGAAGAUAACGAGGUGGAGGCUUUGAAUAAGUUGUACGAAAACGACGUGGCCGAAUCUUCCUCGAAACCUAAGCUUUUGGUGGAAUUGAAGGGUGUCGACCACCCAGGCGAGUUCUUCCAAAGCCAGGAAUUACCUCCCCACUUCAACGUGAAAGACCACGUCAAGAACCUCGUGGGAGGCUCACUCCACAAAUUUGCAUCCAUCCUCUCCACCGCUGAGGACAAUAUCGCCGCCCACUUGACCAAGGAGAUCAAGGCCGUGGGACCCAAAGACGUGGUGAGCAAGCUCAAGGAGCCUUUCCGCCAUCACGAUGACGCCCUUGUCUCUGCUUGGAAGCACUUCACUGGCAAGGGCGACCGUCACAAGCGUGACCAGCAGCGCCUUGACCUUGGUCUCCAGGACAGUGGCUUGAAGCUCGUCAAUGACAAGCAUUUCAUCAACGAUCUCGCUUCAUUGAUCCAAUUGAAGACCGUCGAGGCUGGCGAGAAGGCUGUGGUUUUCGCCCAGUCUGUGUCGCUUCUUUCCAUUGGCCGCAAGAUCGGCUACGACUCCAAGACAUACCAAUUGUCCAAGAAGGCGCUUGGUGACGUGCUUAUCGAGUUGCAAAACAAGUUCGAUGUUAUUGUCGUGGCCGUUGGUCUCGACGAGGUGCUCCACGAAACCCAGCAGGCUGAUUUGGAGAAACGUGGUGCUGAGUUGGAGUCCUUGUUCUCCACCUUCGAGAAGAGAGAAUCUGGAGCCGCUUGUUUCAGCGACGAGGCUGCCUGUAACAGCGCCACCUCCAACUGCUCCUCUCACGGCGCUUGUAAAGAGAUCAAGAAGAAGUGCUGGCAAUGUGCCUGCAAGGCAUCCUACGACAAAAAGAAGAGCAAGACCACCAACUGGAGCGGUUUCGACUGCGGUAAGAAGGACAUUUCUGCCACUGCACACCUCUUGUUGUGGACAUCGGUGGCAUUGAUCUUGUCUGUCGCUGCAGGUGUCAAGCUUCUCUUUUCCAUGGGUGACGACGCUUUGCCUGGUGUAUUGGAGGCCGCCACCCAAGCCAAGAAAACUGGUCAGUAA